UAAAGUCAGCAGCAGUGUGUUCAUAGACAUAAAACAAAUACAUCUUAAAAAAAAUAAAAUAAAAUCUUUCUUGACGCCAUCUUUGCGGUUGCAGCAGCGGCAUCUGAGGGUAAGUAGCCAACAUGCAGCUCUUUGUCCGAGCCCAGGAACUACACACCCUCGAGGUGACCGGCCAGGAGACAGUCGCCCAGAUCAAAGCUCAUGUGGCCUCAAUGGAAGGCAUUGCCCCUGAAGAUCAAGUCGUGCUCUGGCAGGCUCGCCCGCUGGAGGAUGAGGCCACCCUAGGCCAGUGUGGUGCAGAGGCCCUGACCACUCUGGAGGUAGCCGGCCGCAUGCUGGGAGGUAAAGUUCAUGGUUCUCUGGCUCGUGCUGGGAAAGUGAGAGGUCAGACUCCCAAGGUGGCCAAACAGGAAAAGAAGACUGGUGGGGCCAAGAGGCGAAUGCAGUCCAACCGACGCUUUGUCAAUGUCGUGCCCACCUUUGGCGAGAAGAAGGGCCCCAAUGCUAAUUCCUAAGUCCUGUUGUGAUCCUGUCACACUAAUAAAGCCACUUUGCUCAGAAAAUAAAUAAUAAAUAAAUAAAUAAAUAAAUAAAUGAUAACAUCUUCCAUGCUGGCACAGGACUUAGGUGUGGCCAGGCGGCUCCAACCGAGCAGGGCUUUCCUUGCCAGUGGAAUGUGUAGAGUGUACAGCCAAUCUCUUGUCUCUUGUCUUCUGUUCGACAUGGCAUCUUCUGAUAUUCAGGCGAAAGAGCUUCCGGCCAGGCUUUUGAGCUGAUUCUCAACCCUUGGUCAAAACAGUCUGUCCCUGAGUUCCCCCUCCCCCACCCUCCCUCCCUAGCAAAGAAGAAGGAUCUUUCCCUAGAGGAAAUUCAGAAGAAAUUAGAAGCUGCAGAAGACACAAGUCUCAUGAAGCAGAAGUCUUGAAGCAGCUUGCUGAGAAGCGGGAGCAUGAAAAGGAAGUGCUUCAGAAAGCCACUGAGGAGAGCAACUUCAGCAAAAUGGCAGAGGAGAAACGGACCCACAAAAUGGAGGCUAACAAAGAGAACCGGGAGGCGCAAAUGGCUGCCAAGCUGGACCGUUUGCGAGAGAAGGACAAGCACGUUGAAGAGGUGCGGAAGAACAAAGAAUCCAAAGACCCUGCGGACGAGACCGAGGCUGACUAAGGUGUUCCGAGAACUGACUUUCUCCCCGACCCCUUCCUAAAUAUCCAAAGACUGUACUGGCCGGUGCCAUUUACUUUUUCCCGCCUGACAAAUAUUCUAGAAGCUGACGUAGAACCGUAUAGGUAGAUCCAGACCGUGAGAUGUUUUAGGGGCUCAAGGGGAGAAACUGAAAGUGUUUUGCUCUUUUUUAAAGUGUUAGCUAUUUUUCUCGUUGCAUCUUUUCCACUCGGGCACACUCGGUGUGCUGGGUUAAUGGCUAGUGCUGUAUUGGCUGUGGAAGACGUUCGUGAAGAGUAUGUAGUGGCUUCUUCCAACCCAUUAGAUGCUGAGUAUCUGUUCACUUUGAGAUCCCAAUUCUGUCCCAAUCUCACUAGAUGCCACUGUACUUGAAUGGUUAAUAAACUACACAGUGCAAAAAAAAAAAAAAAAAA